AUGAUGCUCGCACCCUUGACUACAGCGGUUUCAUUACGACCUGCCACUGAUAUAUUUUCAAUAUUAGCUCAAAUCACGGGUGUCUUUGGUGCUGGUACUGGCGUCGGUGCUUCCAGUCUUACUUUUAGCGCUGGCGGCAUCGGUGUUGAAGCAGCAGGUAGCGCACUGGCUUUGACAAAUCCUUUGCUGACUGGCGCUCUUGCUUUAGGACUGACGGGCUUUUUGGCAAUCAAGUUAUACUCCAACAUAGACCAGAAGGCUGCGUUGAAGAUGCGAGCCAAAAUAAUGGCCUGCCUUGAGGAGAAGUUCCCCAGAUUGAAGGAAGCCAAACAAUGGGUUGAUUCGGGCUUUACGGAUUCCGAGGAUACUCUGGCUGAAGGGUUCAAGUUAUUUCAACAAUGGCUUGCAACAGAUGUAUGA